CCGCUCAACUCACGCUCUGGGUAUGUUGUUCAUCCGCUCAACUCACGCUCUGGGUAUGUUGUUCAUCCGCUCAACUCACGCUCUCGGUAUGUUGUUCAUCCGCUCAAUUCACCCUCUCGGUAUGUUGUUCAUCAGCUCAACUCACGCUCUGGGUAUGUUGUUCAUCCGCUCAACUCACGCUCUGGGUAUGUUGUUCAUCCGCUCAACUCACGCUCUGGGUAUGUUGUUCAUCCGCUCAACUCACGCUCUGGGUAUGUUGUUCAUCCGCUCAACUCACGCUCUCGGUAUGUUGUUCAUCCGCUCAACUCACGCUCUCGGUAUGUUGUUCAUCCGCUCAAUAUUACACUCUCGGUAUGUUGUUCAUCCGCUCAAUUCACGCUCUCGGUAUGUUGUUCAUCCGCUCAAUUCACGCUCUCGGUAUGUUGUUCAUCCACUCAAUAUUACACUCUGGGUAUGUUGUUCAUCCGCUCAACUCACGCUCUGGGUAUGUUGUUCAUCCGCUCAACUCACGCUCUGGGUAUGUUGUUCAUCCGCUCAACUCACGCUCUGGGUAUGUUGUUCAUCCGCUCAACUCACGCUCUCGGUAUGUUGUUCAUCCGCUCAAUAUUACACUCUCGGUAUGUUGUUCAUCCGCUCAACUCACGCUCUGGGUAUGUUGUUCAUCCGCUCAAUUCACGCUCUCGGUAUGUUGUUCAUCCGCUCAAUUCACCCUCUCGGUAUGUUGUUCAUCUGCUCAAUUCACCCUCUCGGUAUGUUGUUCAUCCGCUCAAUUCACCCUCUCGGUAUGUUGUUCAUCCGCUCAAUAUUACACUCUCGGUAUGUUGUUCAUCCGCUCAACUCACGCUCUGGGUAUGUUGUUCAUCCGCUCAAUUCACCCUCUCGGUAUGUUGUUCAUCCGCUCAAUUCACGCUCUCGGUAUGUUGUUCAUCCGCUCAAUAUUACACUCUCGGUAUGUUGUUCAUCCACUCAACUCACGCUCUGGGUAUGUUGUUCAUCCGCUCAAUUCACGCUCUCGGUAUGUUGUUCAUCCGCUCAAUUCACCCUCUCGGUAUGUUGUUCAUCCGCUCAAUUCACCCUCUCGGUGUGUUGUUCAUCCGCUCAACUCACGCUCUCGGUAUGUUGUUCAUCCGCUCAACUCACGCUCUGGGGGGGAUCUACUUGCAUGGGUACACCGUGAGAGAACAGCCCUUGGGAUCCAAGAAAUCCACCAUUGAACUGAAACCUCCAUCGGAUGAGUUCAAAACCUUCUAUCUCUGUGCUGAAAACCCCAUGGAAAACAAACGAUGGAUCUUGUCUAUAAAAGCAUCCUCAAAGAAAUGGCUGCCAUACCAUCAAGCUGUUCAGGACUACAUGAAUCGACCACCAGAGGAGACCAGAAUGUGAGCUCGAUGGAUACUCCUCGCAUCGCAACCAACCUUUACUGUCCUAGCUUCUGGUUUGGUUUAACCAAAAGCAUGUUAAAGGAUCACUUUACUCAAAAACUUGUUAUGAUGCAAAACACAUCAUAUCAUCACAGUUUUUACUCUGUACUGAAAACUUGACUGCUGACAUGCACUAUGGGAUUUUUGGGGGAUUGUAUUAACAGUGAACCUAUGAUCAAAAUACUAAAAUAUAGUUUUUGAGUGACCUAUCCCUUUAAUAUUGGUUAUGUUUGACGUUCCUUUGAAGGAUUCCAUGUGAAGCUGGAAAUUGAAUGGGAAUUUGAGUGGAUGGAGUUGUCUGGAGGAUUUGAAUUGUUGCUAUGGGCUUGUUGUAUGUUUUGAUGAAGGAGGAGAGAGGAGUAAUAGGUCUGGGGUAUUAGUUGGGGAUGUGGUAAGAGAGAAGGAUGAGGUGGGAGGGGUAACAGAAGUAUCAACAGUAGGAGAGGGGGAUAAGGUCAAAUAUGAGUUUCUGAAGUCCAAAGACAUUUCUUGAUUUCUUCUUCAUAUUCCACUAGAAGUUACAGCAGAUAUGACAUGUAACAGAACAAUUGAAAUGUGGGAAAUCUUGUAGGCCUAUCCCCAAUUUCUAAGUUACAAUGUUUCAGUUUCACAUUUUCAGUGGAACACCGGAAUGCAGCAAAAAAUCAUUUAUCAACGACAACUUUACUAAGUCUUAAACUGAACCAACAGAACCAACAGGACCUACAUAAACAAAACCCACACAAGCGGGCUGAGCACUCUUGUAA